AUGCGUCGGGCGAUCGUGCAAGCUUUGCGUACUGCUAGGCGCACCCCAGUAUGCAAAGUUGCCGGUAGACGGCCGAGUCCGCUCUCUUUCACCCACAACCAGGUACGAGGCCUACGGCCAUACUCCGGCGGUCGACGUCCAUCCUACACCCCAGUGGCUCUGCAGUCCUCCAUGCAUUUCCGCAAGUUUUCCCUCGCCGUGAUUUCGACAGCAGUCGCCUCCGGGGCAUGGUAUGCGUAUCAGGGUGACGGCGCUCAGUCAUUAGCAACACAGGUUCGAGGAUUUGCCUCCAGCGCAAUCGCAUCUGCCCACGCCGAGGGCCCUUCAAAUCCACCACGCCGAGGCUUGUUGGUCAAUAACGAGCAAUUCUACACCACGACGAUCUCCGAAGACCAACCGCUAUCGAAAACGACCGACGAUUCGGAACGGCGCAUGUUGAACAUGUUGACACCGGAACAAGCUACCGAGCAAUUGAGGAAGCACGAGGAAUCUUAUUUGGUCAAUCGUGGCAAGGGUGUCGUCCGAUACGAUAUUUCUCAGGUUCCCAGCAACUCGCCGAUCGAGGAUGACCAUGCCGAGUUGAUUGUUGAAGUGCCAUCCACAUUGGCAGCUAAUCAGAAUGGGGAAGCAAGCAGUGAUUGGUCUUUCUGGGCUGUAUUUGAUGGUCAUUCGGGCUGGACCACGUCUGCCAAGCUCCGCAACGUACUUAUCUCAUACGUUGCGAGGGAGCUUAACGCCACAUACAAGGCUGCCGCUACUGACCCUUCAAUCUUGACACCUUCGUCGGAGGCUAUUGAUGCUGCCAUCAAACAAGGAUUUGUUCGCCUCGACCACGAUAUUGUGAAUGAGAGUGUCGAAAAGGUCCUCAAGGCCAAGUCGAAGCGCAUGGCCGCAGAACUUCUUGCGCCUGCUCUUUCAGGAUCUUGUGCCCUGCUUAGCUUUUACGAUUCUCAAUCCAACAACCUCAAGGUUGCAGUUGCGGGCGACUCUCGUGCCGUUCUUGGUCGCCGUGGCUCCAGUGGGAAAUGGACUGCCACAGCGCUAUCUGAGGAUCUGACUGGCGGAACUCCCUCCGAAAUCAAGCGUUUGCAGGAAGAGCACCCCGGAGAGCCCUAUGUGACCCGCAACGGUCGGAUCUUGGGUCAGCUGGAACCUAGCCGUGCUUUCGGUGAUGCCGUAUACAAAUGGAGCAAAGAGAUCCAAGACAAGAUCAAGGGACAGUUCUUUGGCCGUACCCCCUCUCCGCACCUCAAGACACCCCCAUAUGUCACUGCCGAGCCUGUCAUUACCACCACUAAGAUUGAUCCUUCCAAGGGUGACUUUGUUGUCAUGGCCACCGAUGGCCUGUGGGAGAUGUUGAGCAACGAAGAAGUUGUGGGCUUGGUUGGUCAAUGGAUUGAGCAACAGCAGUCUGGUUCCUCCAACAAGGCUUGGCUCCAGGGCUGGUUUUCUUUCGGCGGCCAAAAGCACCUGCCUGUUGAGGCAGCUGGUGACGUCUCCACCGCUGGCCAGCGCCGCCCGAUUCGCCAGCAGCAGUACGACAUUUCCGGCGCAGACAGCCGAUUUGUGGUUGAGGAUAAGAACGCAGCCACCCAUCUUGUGCGCAAUGCCAUGGGAGGCAAGGAUAAGGAUAUGCUGUGCGCCUUGUUGACCCUACCCAGUCCUUACUCUCGUCGGUACCGUGACGAUGUCACCGUCGAGGUCAUCUUCUUCGGCCAGGGUCCUGACUCUCGUACCGUUGAACGCAACGAGGAAGCCAGUGCUGCUGAGAAGGCUCCCAAGUCUAAGCUCUAG